UGCAAGAGCCAAUGCAUAUGAUCCCAACCUUCGCUACGGAUGCCGAAGUCCCUGGCCCAAGGACAAAGGGGCUCUUUGGUGCAAAAAGAAUAUCGUCGAGCACUAUCGAUCGCGUCUUCGACAAUAGCAAUCGCCGACAGUAUGGUAUGGGGAUAGUCGGCCGUUUCUUCGGAUCAUUUCGUAAAAGCGUUGCUCAAAAACCGGAUGUAAGAAAACAACUGGAUGACUUUGAGGAUCAUCGACCGUACUUUACAUACUGGAUUACAACUGUACAAAUACUCAUUCUUAUCAUUUCACUAGCGUGUUAUGGAUUUGGACCUGUUGGGCUUGAUCUCCAUCACAGAUCAAGUUUGGUUCUGGUGACGAGUCUCUCCCUACAGCAAGUCGAGUAUCAGGAGCCGGCGAACUUCUGGCUGGGACCACGAGCCUCCGACCUUAUACAUUUAGGUGCAAAGUUCGCCCCUUGCAUGCGGAGGGACAUAAAGAUCCUGAAGGAGAUCGACAUGUGGCGGGAAAAGGAACGUGACACAGCGUGCUGUAUAAGAAAUGACGACUCUGGCUGUGUGCAGUCAAGUAGAGCCGAUUGCUCAAAUACGAUAUCAACAUGGAAGAAGUGGGGACCGGCAGAUAGCGGACCCGGGGGUCGCAUCAGCGGUUCCGUCUGUGGCCUCGAUCCCAAGUUUUGCGACGCACCCGCGAGCAUCGCACCUUACGAGUGGCCCGAUGACAUCACUAAGUGGCCAAUAUGUCGAAAGAUAAAUCCUUUUAGCCAACGUUUUCGAGGCAAAGAACAAAAUCUCCAUGGCAACGCCAACUUCCCCGUGAGCCGUUACAAGGACAAAAUGGCGGAACACAUGGUGUGCGAAGUAAUCGGCCACCCAUGUUGCAUUGGCAUACACGGUACCUGUCGCAUCACCACUAAGGAGUAUUGCGACUUUGUUCACGGUUACUUCCAUGAGGAAGCCUCGCUCUGCUCGCAGAUCGAAUGUCUCCACGACGUAUGCGGCAUGAUACCAUUCCUUAACCCCGAAUGGCCCGAUCAAUUCUACCGGCUAUUCACCACUACCUUCCUCCACGCUGGGAUUCUUCACAUCAUCAUCACAUUAUUUAUUCAAUACUUUCUGAUGAGGGAUUUGGAGAAGCUGACAGGAUCGGUGCGUAUUGCUCUUAUUUACUUCACUGGAGCCUUGGCAGGAAAUCUCGCCAGCGCUAUUUUCAUCCCAUACCGAGCAGAGGUCGGGCCUGCUGGUGCCCAUUUCGCCUUGCUGGCGACGUUAGUGGUCGAGGUGCUGCACUGCUGGCCAAUGCUAAAGUAUCCACGUCGAGCUCUAAUUAAACUCAUUUUAAUACUGGUCGGGCUGCUGCUGCUCGGUGUCCUACCCUGGGUUGAUAACUACGCCCACCUGUUUGGUUUCAUAUUCGGCUUCCUGGCCGCCUACGCGUUCAUGCCCUUCAUCUCGUUCGGUCACUACGAUCGUCGUCGCAAAAUUUUCAUCAUCUGGAUCUCCCUAAUCCUGAUCGUCGCCCUCUUUGGGCUGCUGCUCGCACUUUUCUACCAUGCCCCUACUUACGAGUGCGAACUCUGCAAGCUAUUUAACUGUGUGCCCUUCACUCGGGACUUUUGCGCCUCGCAAAAUAUUAACUUCAAGAGGGAGGAGCCGGUAUGACACACGGGGCCGCGGCCACCGGUCGAGCGCGCUGUGCAGCCGUUCGGCCCCGGACUUAUCUACGCUCGUCACUACAUGCUCGCCGUCGUAUUUCUCGCCGGGCCCUUGAGCAGCGACGUACCCUCCUGGCUUGUCCAGCUCGCGGCAAUAUCACGACAUUUAUGCUUUUGAUUACUCACAAGCCUUGACUCCACUGAAUAAGGGGAACACGGUCCUUCAGAAAGAAUGCUGUGGAUGAUACAGUUUGAAGAAAAACUUGUUUUUUCAAUGGCUAACAAUUACCAGAUUCGUCGCAAUUUCCUACUUUAGCCCUAUUCCCUUAAGCGCGAUGAGGCAACUGAUAUUUAGUGAUUUAGAAUCGAUAAGUAUUAUACAUUUCGAUCUUCAAACAUUGUGAUUAAGAGACUAGAGUCAUACGAUCUUUAUUAUAUUUUUUUAUAAUUUAUUUGUA